ACAGGUAGCCACCAAAACUGGCAGUGUAUCGACAAAUCUUGUCAGCAUUAUACCUGGAUAAUUCUCUCACAUCACGGGAUCAAAAUGGCCGCUUACAAUAUCUGUGUGAUCUCCGUUUUUGUGAUAUUUGGAUUACUGAAUGUUAUAAACGCUCAGAUAAAGAAAGACAUUUCUGUGGUGACUAUCAAGCAACCUCCAUUUUUAUAUAAAGACAGUGAUGGCCAGUACACAGGGUAUUUCAAGGAACUACUGGAAAAUGUUGCGCAAAUUGUUGGCUUUAAUUACACUCUGUAUGAAAGCCCUGACGGCAAAUAUGGCAGCCUGGAGAACGGCUCAUGGACUGGAAUGAUGAAAGAAAUCGAGGAUGGUAAAGCUGAUAUCGGUGGCUUGUUGACAGUUACCCAUGCACGAUCAAUUACUGUCGACUUUUCAUACCCGGUUCAAUAUAUGGAACCAACGAUUGUAAUGAAGAGACCAGCCAUGGACAAACCCUCAUUGCAGGAGAACCUCGCAAAACUUCUAACCCCACUCGAGUUCUCUGUAUGGCUAAUGUCUUUCCUUGCUUUGCUGGUUACCGGCACUGUAUUGUAUAUUAUAUCACAUUUCAAUCCUUACGAAUGGAGGAGAAUGGCUAAAGACCGGGAAGCAACUUUGAGGGAGGCAGAGUCCUUCACAUGUCUUAAUUCGUUCUUUUUUGUUGUGAGCACCUUGAUGUGGCAAGGUUAUGUGCGUGCGCCUCGUUCGGUUGGUGCUCGAGUAGUGGUUGUUGCUUGGUGGUCGUUUACUGUCGUCCUUCUCCUGUCUUACACUGCCAGUCUAACAAACUACCUCCGAUCAGCUCCGGCACCAUUUGCCAUUAAAGGAUAUUCCAAAAUUAGAAGCUUCAGAGAUCUUGCUGCCAAUGAUGAAAUAAGGGUAGGAAUCCUUCCAUAUGGAGCAACAGAGGUUAGAUACAAAACUUCCAAAUCUAUCACAGAUAAGAAAAUAUAUGACAAAAUUGUAAAAGACUGGAUGUUUCAUAAUGAAUCAGGCGAUAUUCCAAACACUUUGGACGAAUUAGAGAGCUACUUGCGGCAGAGAUCGUACUCGGACUAUGCUUUAAUUCUUGAGUCACCAACAGCAAAAUAUAUCACAAACAAAGAACCAUGUGAUCUUUAUAUGGUCCGCGGAAAUGUUAUCACUAGUCAUCAGGCUUUCGGGAUGAAGAAAGGAUUCACGUUGAAAGAGGCUAUAGAUUUAGCUUUACUGAAACUGCACCAUUCAGGAAAACUAGGUGCUAUAGAGCAUAACUGGUUUAGUUCUCAGUGUAAAGAGACAGUCUAUCAAAUGGAUGACGAGGUGCAUUUGCAAACUCCGCCAUUUAAUGCACUUGAUUUAGGAACAUUUUCAUCAGCGCUUCUUAUUAUCGUAGCUGGAAUCGUUCUGGGAGGACUGAUUGCUAUAAUUGAAAUAUGUAUUUACAAAUGGGCAGAAACGCGUGUUGACGAAGAUGAAGUAGAACCUAUCAGUAACCGUAACAGCAAAGUGUAUGAAGCAGAAUCUGGUGAUCGUCUGCUCAACCAGGACAGCAAGAAAGGUGGGGCAACACAAGUGUAAAGGGCGAUAAGGUGCUUUUUCUUAGAUUAUCAAUCAGGCACGAUAACAGAACUGUUGAAUAUUGUGGAGUCGUAAAAGAAUGUGGAUACGCGUUUCAACACAAGACAAAUCAAGGAUUUAUGUCCUUGACAAUUGACAUAAGCAGUAUCAAAUACAUGCAUUGGUUUCACAUUAAUGUUUACACCUAUUGCAGCAUAUCUACCCAUCAGAAGGGCAUGUUUCAGUAUAGUUAUGGAAUUCCUUUUUCCCCUGAUUUUUGAAUUGUUCCUAAAAUACAAAAUUUGGUGUCAGCAUGGAAUGGAGCUGAAACUGUUGAAGAUAGCCCAGUGAAUGGUGUGUGAGGGAGAGUUGAAGUGAUCCCAUCUAGGUAUUUUAUUAAUCUAAUUAUGUCACAGUUUGUGAAGAGCUGUUUCCGGUGCAUAAUUGUUUAUGUGCUAACUUGUAAAGAUAUGACCCCAUCAGAUAGAGCGAUAGAGAUGUUAUGUCGUGCAUUUUAUGUCUUCGACCAUUUGAAAACGUAUAUCAAUUCAUUCUACAUUAAUAUUAUAAUUUUGGCAAAAUGAAUUAAAACAUCAAAAGGAAGUAGUACACUUUAUCAAGAAAGUACUUGAUUUAACAUGUUUAUUUGCUAUUUAGUCAUGUAAGCUGAAUCAAGUAUCAAUAUAGUUUUAUGCGCACAAUUUAGCAGCAUAUAUAUGUAUAUCAUAUAUAUAUGCAAGGGGCCGAAAUUAUACCAAGCAUCAUCUGAUGAGAUGAACAAGCAAUCGUGUUUUCACUGCUAUUUUCUCUGAUGUGCAAGCUUUUGGGCAACUUACAUGCUAACUAGAAACGAACGUACUGUUCUCAGACUGUUUUCAUUUAGCUUUCAUUCAGCAGAACAACAGCAGCUUACAUAGCGCUUCUCCUGCAAUUAUUUUGAUAAUUUUACAAGCUCCCGUCAUUUUAAACUUUAAAUAUUCUGUCAAAUAUGAGGCGGUGAGAAGCUUUAGAAAUCUGAGCAGGCGUCCAUUGGCAAAUACGUAAAAACAUAUAGAAAUAUGCAUGAAUAAUUAAGAAGUAUACAUUUUUUUAUUUUCCUCCAAUAAUGAAGGACAUAAAUAUACAUAUACAUUUUAAAAAUUUUCUUCAUUUGUAUAGAAAUAUGACGAAAGGUCUCUGACAGCAUAUUUUUUGAUGAAUACUCGUUAUGACUGGCAUUGUUUCGUUAACUAAACAAAGACAUAAAUGACUUUAAUUGUACAGCACAAUUUUAUUAGGUUUUUUUGUGUCCUUGCUAAUACUUACAUGGUUAUUGUUCAUUGUUUUGUAUUCCUACCCUCCAUAAUUUCUAGGAAAAAUAUUUUACCAUUUUACAAUGUGUUUUGAAGCAAUGUUAAUGUUUUGAUUACGAAAGCAAAGUAUUGGCUUUGUUGUGUUAAUUUGUUAACAAUAUUAUUUUUCUCUGUAGACGACAUUGUAUUUAUUUUCUUAAUUAAGAUAUUUAGUUAAUAGAAGAAUGUAUGUUGCUGUUUAUUUUUGAAACUACUUCUCUGAACAUACAUAAAUAUUUUUGCAUGUUUUAUUUUGUUUACACAGAGGUAAUGAAAUUACCAUAUGUUACAAAAUAAGUCAGGUAAAGCAUAACUAUGACAUAUAUCAUGAAAGAAAAACUAUUUCCAAUGAAUUUCGUAGUCACAAUGUACAGCUUCCUUACAAGAAACUGUUCAGUUUCAAUACUCAUUUUGAGGCAUUGGUCAGCUUAGGACAAAUAAUUACUGGUAUCCAACAUAUAACUAAAAGUGCCACAUUAAAACGAAACGUUUUACCUGACAUAUCGUUUGGAUGUUAAUGUUUACCUGUUUCAUUAAAUCUUGUUUAAACUUUAUCAUUGCAUGGUUGUUUAGGUAUUCACAAAAUGUUGGUUUUUUUUGCGAAGGCUUUUGAAAGUAGCGAAGACCUUCCCUGUCAAAAGCCACCUGUUUUACAUACAGUACUGUAAGAUAUAUCAUUGCAACUAUCAGCUUUGUGAUAUUUGAUCACUAACUUUUUACAAAAUUUCCGCAGAUAGGUAUAGCACUUCUGUUCACGUUGCAGUAGCAUUUUUCUCUGCGAUGAUAUAAAUUAGCUUGGUUGUUCCCACUGAUAGUGAACUAUUUGGCCAAAGUGUAGCUACUCAUCCAGGUGAGACAUGCACCGACAGUAUACCGUCAUUUGAACGUUUUAAGCGGAAAGAAAAUUAUGUUAGAAGUAAGUGUAUAUUACUGUUUUAAGUACACGUUAUUUCGUCAUCAGACCGCAGAUACAAAAUUCUGUACAGAUUUUGGCUACAGAAUUUAAUUUAUCAAUGAAUAUUUGGUCAUCACCAAAUCCUAAAUUAGGUACAUUUUGUACUGACGAUUAACAGAUGGGAAUGAAUCACUAUCUAGGGAGAAUAACACCGGUUAUAGUCCAUGACGCCUCGAAUAAAGACAGGCUCCUCACCGUGUUUUAAAAGAACAACAGGAUAUUUCUUAUGAAAUGCUUAUCGAGACUUCUCAAGGAAUUUUACACAAAUAAUGCAAAAUUAAUGAAAUCAUGUUGCUGAAUUCACGAGGCCGAUGACGUAACUGUUUUCAAGGGGAAUAACUUCAGCUGUAUGACAAUAUCUAUGUAAGAUUGCAUUAAAGCAAGUGGAGAGUGAUGUGUUUCUUGGUUUGAUUCAUUAAAGUAUAUUAGAUUUAAAUCUGAGAAAAAGUCUACGCUCUUUUUUAAAAGCCUUCGUUUUUUAUCAUUUUCAUUAUUUUUGAAGUUUAAGAGCGUUUUAAACCGUGAAUAUGUUUUUUUUUUGCAAUAUAAUUGUAAGUACUCGUUUCACACACGUGUGUUGUAUUAACCUUUCAUAUCAAAUGAGUGGCUGAAUUGUUGUCAUGGUUCAUGUAAAGUAAACUAGAAACAUACGCGAACAAUUAAUGCAGCAAUGCCACAAGUUUUUAAUAAAUACAAUGAUUCCAAUCUUUA